AUGGAAAAACUGUGGAACUCAUUGCACGAGUGGUUUCAGUCACAAGAUUCAAGAGAAAGAGAAGGUGAACUGAGGAUUGUGCUGCUGGGUAAAACUGGAGUUGGGAAAAGUUCAACUGGAAACACCAUCUUAGGAAGAGAAGUGUUUAUAUCAGACAUUUCUGAAAAAUCUGUUACUAAAGAGUGUCAGAAAAAGACAGCUGAAAUCAACAGCAGACACAUUACUGUGAUCGACACUCCAGGACUGUUUGAUACUGAACUCAGUAAUGAAGAAAUCCAGAGAGAAAUCAGCAACUGCAUCUCUAUGAUCCUGCCUGGACCACAUGUCUUCAUCAUCGUGAUCAACUUAGCACAACGAUUCACUCAAGAAGAGAAAACAGCAGUGAAGAUCAUCCAAGAGACAUUUGGUGAAAACUCUUUAAUGUUCACCAUGGUGCUCUUCACCAGAGGAGAUGAUCUGAAUGACAAAACCAUAGAACAGUAUCUGGGAAACCCUGGAUCUGCCCUUAAAAACCUGACUGAAGCUUGUGGAAACAGAUACCAUGUGUUCAAUAAUAAAGAGACUGGAGACCGAACACAGGUGACUGAUCUACUGCAGAAGAUAGACAACAUGGUGAAAGCAAACGGAGGGAGUUACUACUCAUGUAAGAUGUUCAGAGAGAUGGAGAGAGAAAUACAAGAACAACAGAAGAAGAUACUGAUGGAGAGAGUGGAGCAAGUGACCAGAGAAAGAGAAGAACUGAUGAACAAACAUAAAGAAGAGAAAAAGAAGAUGAAGAUGAAGAUCGAGGAAGAAAGACAGAAUCAUGAGAAAGAGAGAAAGCGAAUGAAGAUGAUGAUGGAUGAGGAAAGACAGAAUCAUGAUCAACUGAGAAAGAGAAGAGAAGAGGAAUUUAGGGAGAGAGAAGAACAACAUAAAGCAGAGAUGAAGAGAGAACGAGAGGAAUGGGAGAGACAGAAACAAGAAGCAAGACAAAGAAAAGAAGAAGAGGAGGACAGAAGGAGAAAGAUAGAGCAGGAAACAUGGGAUGACUAUUAUCAGAAACUUAAACGAGAGAGAGAAAGAAGACUGAGAGAGAGAGAAGAUCUUCAGUUCAAACAUGAAGAAGAGAGAGAGAGAAUGAAGAAGAUGAUGGAGAAAGAAAGACGGAAUCAUGACAAAGAGAGAAAGAGAAGAGAAGAUGAAUAUAUAGAAAGAGAAGAACAAUAUAAAACAGAUAUUAAAAACAUAGAAGAACAAGAGAGAAAGAUAAGAGAGGAGCUGAAGUGUGAACGAGAAGAAUGGGAGAAACAGAAACAACAGGAACGAGAAAGAGAAGAAGAAAGACAUAUAUUUAAUGAACUUUACACAGAAAGUUCUGAGG